UCUAUAAAGCUCUCAUAUUCUUUCAACUAAAAGAAGAAAGCAGAUAAUUAAGAGAGAAAAUGGUGGAAUCUCCAGAACAACAGCACCCCAAGAAAGCCUUUGGAUGGGCUGCCAGAGACUCAUCUGGUGUUCUCUCUCCCUUCAAAUUCUCCAGAAGGGAAACAGGAAAGAACGACGUCAGGUUCAAAGUACUAUACUGUGGAAUAUGCCAUACAGAUCUUCACAUGAUUAAGAAUGAAUGGGGAAAUUCUACCUAUCCUCUACUUCCGGGGCACGAGAUUGUUGGUGUAGUGACUGAGGUAGGCACCAAAGUAGAGAAAUUCAAAGUUGGAGACCACGUCGGUGUUGGAUAUAUGGCAGGAUCUUGCCAAUCUUGUGAUAGUUGUUCCACCAAUGCUGCGAAUUACUGCCCCAAAAUGAUAGCGACUAGUGGUGACCAGUACCAUGAUGGAACCCCGACAUAUGGAGGUUACUCUGAUAUCAUGGUGGCCAAUGAGCACUUCGUAGUCCGUAUUCCAGACAGCCUACCUCUCGAUGGUGCUGCUCCUCUCCUAUGUGCUGGGGUUACAACUUACAGCCCCUUGAGGUAUUUCGGACUUGAUAAACCCGGUAUGCAUGUGGGUGUGGUUGGCGUCGGUGGCCUAGGUCACGUUGCCUUGAAGUUUGCAAAGGCUAUGGGGCUCAAGGUUACAAUGAUCAGUACCUCCCCGAAGAAGAAAGAGGAAGCUAUUGAAAACCUUGGUGCCGAUUCCUUUUUGGUCAGCCACGACGAAGGCCAAAUGCAGGGUGCCGUGGGCACAAUGGAUGGGAUCAUUGACACUGUUUCUGCAGUACACCCUCUAUUGCCUUUGGUUGGACUAUUGAAGUCUAAUGGAAAGCUUGUUUUGCUUGGUGUACCAGAUAAGCCUCUUGAGCUACCAGUUUUUCCCUUGCUCAUGGGGAGAAAGAUAAUAGCUGGUAGUGUCAUUGGAGGAAUGAAGGAGACCCAAGAGAUGAUUGAUUUCGCAGCUAAGCACAACAUAACAGCAAACAUCGAAGUUAUAUCAAUUGAUUAUGUAAACACCGCUAUGAAACGUCUUGUCAAAGCAGACGUUAAAUACCGUUUCGUCAUUGACAUUAGGAACACAUUGCACGUCUAGGUCUUACGUUUUGCAUCCGAAAUGUUCAAGCACUCGAAAAAUAAAACCGAUCAAUCAUUUCGCACA